UAUUUUACGAACCACGUGGAAUGAAAAUAGUACUCAACGAAAAAUUGUAGUCAACGAAAUGAAUCAAUCGAAUAAGGCCAACGCCAUGUGGUGGAUGUGACGAAGUAAACACCGCUGCUGCAAUUAAAUGAUCUAAAUAUUUGCCAAUAUGAACUCAAUGCCAUUGCCUACUGCGGUUACUCACAAACAGAAUGUUUUCAGGGAAUUUGCAGAGAAGUCUGUUAACUGUUCUGAUGCAAUUAGCUUGCAGUCAGCGAUGGAUGAAAUUUGUGCCACUUGCCAGUCAGUUCAGAGAUGAUAAACUGGCUUCAAAGAACAACAACAUACAAUAUAAGCAAAGGAAUGGCAGUAAAAGUACUUUAUCAGUGGAAGGUAGAAGGUUGAGUUUUAAUAGAAGUUUUAAUACUUCACAGUUUAUGCAUCAUAUAAAACACCUGAAUUACAGAAUGGGACUGAUUAAGAGAAGUCUGUCAACAUCUGUGAUCUUCUGCAAAAAGCUUCAGAACAACGCACAAGACUCUUUCUCUACCAAAGAUGAUGUUUCUAUUUCUGAAGAUCAGGCAGAACUGGAUAGCCUACUCAAUGAAGACAUCAUGAGUUCACAGCUUCUUCAUGACCUUGAAAUGAAAGCAGACUCUGGAAUAAGACAGGGUCAUAAUUUUUUAGUUAUUCAGCCAAAGAUUAAGUGGGGACCAGAGAGAAAUUAUCUGACAACCCCCGACCUACAAUUAGAAGAAGCUGUGACCCUUGUCAAGACAUUAUCUCACAGUAGGGUUGUUGACUCAUGCAUAUACUCCUUGAAGAACACUCAGAAGAAGUUUGUUUACGGCAAGGGAACAUUUCAGAAUAUUACGGAGAGGAUUAAACACCAGCCAAAUAUAGAUGCGGUUUUCUUGAGUGUGGAAAUGCUGACUGGACUUCAACACCGAGAACUUGAAGAUGCUUGGAAUGUCAAAGUUUAUGAUAGGUAUGGUAUUGUUCUUGAAAUAUUUCGAGAUCAUGCAAGUAGUAAGGAAGCCAAACUACAGAUAGCCUUGGCAGAGAUCCCAUAUAUAAGAUCUCGACUAAGAAAUAAUGUAGAAAAACUUGACCAGCAAAGUGGACGACAGAAUUACAUUGGUGGCGGGGGAGAAACUCUUCUAGAAAUUCAACAGCGUCUGUUAAGUUCCCGCGAACUUAAGAUCAAGAAAGCCCUAGAAAAAUUGAAGAAAAAAAGGAGUUUGUUAAGAAUUGGCCGACGCAAAAAACAUUUCCCAAUAAUAUCGGUAGUAGGAUACACAAAUGCUGGGAAAACCAGUUUAAUCCGGUCCCUGACUGGAGAUCUUGCCAUGCAUCCUGAGGACAAACUCUUUGCAACCCUUGAUGUCACGAACCAUGCUGGAUAUCUGCCGAAUAAGAUGCAAGUCCUGUAUGUCGAUACAGUCGGAUUCCUCUCUGCACUGCCACAUAGCCUCAUUGCUUCUUUUUCAGCUACUCUUGAGGAUUUGGUCUUAUCGGAUUUGAUUGUACAUGUACGAGAUAUAAGCCACCCCGAGGCUGAAGCUCAAAAAGUCAAUGUGUUGAAAACAUUAAGUGAGCUCCAAGUACCUCAGCAUCUGAUGGAAAACAUUAUUGAAGUUUCUAAUAAAGUUGAUAAGAUAAAGAGUAUUGAGAACUUUGGUGAAAGCUUUGGUGUAUGUGCAAUUGAUGGGACAGGGAUUGAAGAUCUUAAGUCAGAGAUUCAACAAAAACUUAUGAAAGCAUCUGAUAUAAUCAGGAUAGGCCUGGACAUCCCAAUGGCUGGGCCACAUCUAGGAUGGCUGUAUAAAGAAGCUACAGUUGAGAUAACAGCGCCCUCUGUAGUCAGUUCAGAGAACAUGUUUGUUGUUGCUGUGUUGAACAAGGAAACAUAUUCAAAAUUCAAAGGAAAAUUUGGUGACUUGGAAAGUGAUCAGUGAUUAUUUGAUGAUAUUUACACAAGCGGUGCAUUUCACAGGACCCUGACCAAGACAAUUUAUUUACAUCGCUUCAGUUUACCCAAUUACUGUAUAUGGACAGUUGAUUGGCCGAGGGAUUAAGUUAGGGGCACUGUAACCUUCAGCUAUAAUAUCACUCCCUCGCCUAUGGUUCCGGUGGUGGAACAAGUCUUCUCGGAUAAGGACUUUAAACCGUAGGCCCAGUGUACGCAUUCGGCUCGUAUGCAUUUUAAAGAACCCAG